AUGAAGGCUGCUCCGCUCCUGGUGUCCUGGCACAACGAGAACGCGCCCAUCUACUCGGCGCACUUUGAGCCCCACGGCAAGGGACGCCUGGCGACAGCGGGCGGCGACAACAACGUGCGGCUCUGGAGCGUCGAGGCGCACGGCGAGGAGCGCACCGUCUCCUACCUGUCGACUCUGGCCAAGCACACGCAGGCCGUCAACGUGGUGCGAUGGUGUCCACGGGGCGAGAUGCUCGCGAGCGCCGGCGACGACGGCAACGUGCUGCUCUGGGUCCCCGCCGAGAAGCAGGCGGCGCACAACUUGGACGAGGGCCUUGAAGACAAGGAGACGUGGCGAGUCAAGGCCAUGUGCAGGUCCAUAGGCUCCGAGAUCUACGACCUGGCCUGGUCCCCUGACGGCGUCUUCUUCAUCACAGGCAGCAUGGACAACAUUGCCCGCAUCUACAACGCUCACACUGGAAGCAUCGUGCGGCAGAUUGCCGAGCACAACCACUACGUCCAGGGCGUUGCCUGGGACCCCAUGAACGAGUACAUUGCAACCCAGUCGUCGGACCGCUCCGUCCACAUCUACACCCUGAAGAACAAGGACGGCCACUUCUCGCUGGCCCAGCACAGCAAGGUCACCAAGAUGGACCUGCCCGCCCGCCGCGUCUCUUCCAACAGCCCGGCGCCCCCAGACUUCGGCAGCCGCGCCUUUGCCGCCGAUGCUGCCAUGGCAAUCGGCUCGCCCGUGCCGUCGAUGCCCGGCACGCCCCAGUCGCUGGCCCUGCCCACGAUGCAUCCGCCGCCGACCUCGCACAGCCGUCGUUCGUCCUUCGGCUCCUCUCCAUCCAUGCGCCGCUCCGCCUCGCCCGCUCCGUCCAUGCCCCUGCCCGCCGUCAUGCCAAACUCCCCCAGCAUUGGCACCAUGGGCACCAUGGGCCUCCGCAACGCGCCCCUCUACUUCAACGAGACCCUGACCUCCUUCUUCCGACGUCUUACAUUUGCCCCGGACGGCAGCUUGUUGUUCACGCCGGCAGGCCAAUACAAGGCCGUGCAUGCGUCCGUUGCUGAAGCCAAGCAGACCGACGACAUCACGAAUACAGUCUACAUAUAUACCCGGGCCGGCCUUAACAAGCCACCCGUCGCCUAUCUGCCCGGCCACAAGAAGCCCUCGGUCGCCGUCCGUUGCUCGCCCGUCUACUAUACCCUGCGCCAGUCUGUCCCACCCACCAGGCACAUCACCAUCGAUACUUCAAAUAUGGACGAUGAGAUUCCUUCUCUGCCUGAUCCAGUCAUGCCCUCCAAGCCCCCUACCUCGCAUUCAUCCAUGGACCCCCCGCCCAUCACGAGUGCGCCUUCUCCCUCGCCAAGCCUAUCAGCGCCGUCGCCCAAGCCCGCCGAUGGCGAAGCAUCCGCUCAAUCCGGCCUGCCCCCCGGGCCUCCGUCUGCCUUUACACUGCCUUAUCGCAUGAUGUAUGCUGUCGCAACACAAGACGCUAUCCACAUCUACGAUACGCAGCAACAGAAGCCCCUAUGCAUCGUCAGCAACUUGCACUUUGCUACCUUUACAGACAUCACCUGGUCAAAUGACGGCUCCAUGCUGCUGAUGACCUCGUCGGAUGGCUUUUGCUCAUCCAUCACAUUUGCUCCUGGCGAACUUGGCGACAAGUACACGGGUCCUUUAGCUGUUCAUAGCCGACCACAGCAGACACCUGCUGCCAUCAACACCACGGGGGGGCACACAUCAAACAACUCUACCCCGACUCCUACACCAACAAACGGAACCAUGCCAGGCACCACAACGGCUACUGCACCACCAAUGCAGAGGCAACCCUCUGCAGGCUUCCCGGCCUCUCCGAGCUCUUUUGUUCCCGCAAGGCCUGGAAGUCCCACAAGAAGCAAUUCGGUAUCCAGUAUUGCUACUGCUUCAUCCUUUGCGCCCGGUGCAGGUGACCAAAGCAACAUGAACGCCCCAACGCCGGCUAUGUCAUCAGUGCCUAGUAUUGCUGCUGCCAAUUCUGGACCUGUACCGAUGUGGACACCGCCUCUGACCCCAGCUCACGGCCAGGGCACGACGCACAGUGCAAGUAGCUCGGUCAGCGGGGUACCAAGCACUGCCCAUGUUGGGCGAAGAGAAAGCGAAAUGAGCGAGUCAGACCGCGACGAUGCAUCUUCGACUUCCAAGAAACGAGAUUUGUAUGCUAUGCCGGAAGUUGAUGCAGAUGCGCGAGAGAGUAAGCGACGAAGGAUUACACCAACACCGGUCACGAUGGUCGCGGAAGGCGACAGUGCUAUUGCCAGCACCGAAGAGAGUACUCCGACACAAACACCCGGGCAGUAG